UGAGAGCAAGAAACAUUUUUUAUUUUGCAGUUAAAUAAGAAAAUCUUAAUUAUACAUUUUUUCGGAACGCAUUGAGCUGCCGUCCGGACGGAAUGUCUACACGCGUAUCUUUCCUUUCAAUAAUCUAAAAAAUACGUGUUUUCUUUAAAGUUAACUUAGAUUAGUCGCUAUAACAAGUUCCGGUUUUUUGUUUUACUUCGCCCCUGAAACUAAAACAGUCCAGAAUGCCACCAAAAAAGGUUGAAGAGCCUGAAAAGAAGCCACUCAUUGGGCGUGUGGGGACCAAUCUCAAAGUGGGCAUUGUGGGGGUGCCCAAUGUGGGCAAGUCAACAUUCUUCAAUGUGCUGACCAAGAGCCAGGCAGCAGCUGAGAACUUCCCUUUCUGCACCAUCGAUCCUAAUGAAAAUAAUGCCAUCUAUAAUGGACCUCUGUGUAAUAUUGUGCAGAAAAACACUGAUGACACCAGUUUUACGACUCCCCCUAUGGCUUCAGCAGUCAUUGGCUUGGACAAUACAGCAGCAACACUAUCAGGCGUUCCAAAAAAGUCUAAAGUUUGGACAGAUUUUGAUGCCCAGCAACAGUUCUUGGAUACAAAGCCGACUUGCUAUAUAAUUCUAAGCAAACCUGGUGCAGGUGCUUACUCACUUGGUGAAGCAAUGUCUAAGAAACUUAACUGCAUUCACCUAUGUCCGAAAAAUAUCAUAGUGGAUGAAAUGGACCAAGAAAGUCCAACAGGAACAUGCAUAAAAUUCAAUUUAAGACAGCAAAAUGUACUGAAAUAUGAUGUCAUACUAUCUAUAUUAAAAAAGAAACUAGAAUCAGCUGCAGUGAAACAUAGAGGCUAUGUAAUAUCUGGUUUCCCUUUGAUAAGCUCAAGUAGAAAACCUCAAUAUCUGACCAAUGUUUUAUAUUCAGAAGAUGGAUUGCAAGCUAUAGAUGAAGUUAUCUAUGAGUUUUUGGUUAAUCUUAAGAAAAAGAAACCCAAGAAACCUAAACCUGAAGCUGGUUCACCUCAUACCUCAUUGACUAGUGAAGCAGAUGUGAACGUUGAAGAAGAAGCCGAAGAAGAACAUGAACCUGAGGAAGUUGGGGAAGAAGCUGAAGAAAUACCUGUAGCACUUCCAAAAUUUAUAUUAGAUUCAUGUUCUGACAUUAUAUUCUGCAAAAAACCUUGUCUUCUGACAAAGAAAUCCGUGUUUUUGCAACAGUUUAACGAAUUACUGAACCUCACCAUGAAGCCUGACAUCGUAGUAUAUCUAACAUGUCCUGAUCAAGACUUAGUAACCAAAAAGAGUCAUAAAUAUUUUAAUUACAAAAGUAAUCUCUUUACUUUUGAUCAGUUUUGUGCCAUUACUGAAUCAGAACUGAGAUGGCCAGCAAGAUAUUCUAUGAGUGACUAUAAUAGUCCCUAUGAUACUCAUGUUUUCAAUCCCAAAUAUAGCUGUAGACAACCUAUCAACUAUACCAAAAAUUCAGUUGAACAGUUGUGUAAUUAUAAAAAUGAAGUCCUAACAUUUCUUGAAGAAAAACUCAAUGAUUAUGAUCCAAAAUGUAUCAUAAAAUUAGAUGCUAGAGUAACAGUCCAUGAAAUGAUGCACCAUAUAAAUGAAAGAUUGUUAUUUCUAGCAAUACAGCCUGUGCUCAUUCCAGAACCUUUGUAUCUUGAAGAGCCUCCAGAAGAAAUGGAAGAUUUUUGGAAGAUGGUUGAAGAACUUAAUGUUAUUCGAAAUGGACCAGUGAAUUUCAACCGUUAUCCAUCAUUGUGGCUCAACCGAUGUCCCGUAGAGUUAAAGAAAAGGCGAUCACAGCGAGGCAAUCCAAAAUUAGCUGUAACAUUUUUUAAACACGUAUAUCUAAUAGCUUCGCUGGAUGGGAUGAUAGCAUUCUGUCGUAACCCAAGGCCCUACUUAAAAUUAAAAUAUUUAGAGCCUACAUGUAGAGUAAUAGUUAUGGGGACCAAAACUUCUGGGAAAACUAUGAUCUCUCACUGUUUAUCAUGGAUUUUUGACACGCCAAUAAUAAAUUAUGACCUUUUUGUAGAAGAGGAGAAAGAAAAGAAAUAUACUACAUUUGCAAAAACCAUUUUAUCGGAAAUAAUAGCAACCCUUGAAGAUGCAAGAUUCGCGAAAUGGCAAUACAAAGAAACAGAAAGAAGGAAUAACUUAAAUGAGUGGGGUGAUAGGGUGGUAGAUAAUUUAAAUGAGUACAUUGCCGUUUUUAUAGAAGUAUUAAAAUUUACAAAGUCAGUAGAAAAAAUCACAGAAGAAGAGGGGGGAGAAGGAGAAGAAAGAGAGGAAAUUGAUCCAAAGUUGCUAACAAAGUAUGAAGAUUUAAAAAAACGGUUAUCUUUCCUACCAUAUAUUGAAGAUCUAGAUCAAUGUAUAAAUUCGAUUCGGGAUAGAACUUUUGUCAACUUUGCCCCUGUGGAAUUGAUCAAUGUUACAGAAAAACCAGCUAUUCCAAUUUUAGGCGAUCCGGAUGUUACUGAAGCUGUUGCAAGUUACAUUACAGCAAAUGACUUGCAAAAGGACAUUGAACCAACUAAUGAAGAGUUAAUGAAUGAAAUGAUAAGAAUUUUGUCAGACAUUGAUGAUGAAUCGUUAAAAAAUUUCGGAUCAUAUGGUCGGUUUAUUAUAGACAAUUUCCCCUCUGAUCCAGAGUUUUGGGGAUAUCUCAGUGAAGCAAAAUUAUUGCCUGAUCAUACUGUGAGUCUAAUAGAAAACAGAGAAAUAGAACCGGAACUUGUUCAGUACUAUGCAGAGAUCGCAAAAUGUCCAAAAAACUACCAAGAACGACUUGCUUUGGCCAAUGAUCCUCUAAUAAAGACAAAACUUCUUACCAAAGUUUUCCCCAAUGCUAACGUAGUAGACGUGCAAAACUUAGUCAACGAUUCUGUUGGUUCAAUAUUAGAUACAAUUUUCGUCGAAAGUAAAGCUCCAGUCGAAGUUGAAAACAAGGAAACCCCUGAUGCAGACGUGAUUGGUAAUUUCACUGCGUCUAUAGAAAAGUUUCGUGAAGAUUGGGAUAGUGUGAAACUAAAAUUGGAUGAGAAUAAUAAAACUUUUAUAGAAAUUGAACUUGAGAAUAAGACCGAUGUAGAAGUCAUAGACGAAGUUCUAUUAAACUUACGUAAAAACUAUUACUUAACGCCUGAAGUUAAUGAAGAUGAAGAAUCAGAAUCGCAAGAAGAUGAAGACGAAAUUCCUAAAGAUAUCCUCACGUAUAACAACCCCCGAUUUUUAUGUGAAACAGGCAUAUACUGUCCUAUUGCCUUUUAUGAUUUUGGAGUACUUUGGGAAGGGAAACCUGAAUUCAGUGUAAAACACAACAAUAAAUUACACUUUUUCUCCAAAGAAGAAUGUUCAGGAUUAUUCCAAAAUGAUAUUACUAGAUAUCAAAAAUACAACAAACCAUUUAAAUCACUUCCUCCUUUAAGAAUCUGUGUAAUUGGUUGUUUAGGUUGUGGAAAAUCAACAAUAUCUAAAAUAAUAGCAAAAGAACUGGGCCUAAUCCACAUAGACUUCUCUGAGGUAAUUAACACACUAUUAAUGCCACGCCAUUUCAAAAAGGUAGGCCGUCAAUAUGAAAAUAGUUUUACUGAUGUGUCAAUAGACGAGGAGGGUGUAAUGGAAUUUCAAAUGGACGAAGAAAAUGAAAACCUUGCAUCAGAUUUAUUGGGAAAUGAAACAGAAAUAAGACGAAUGAUUUAUAAUUAUUUAGAAAGGGGCGCACCAAUUAUGUCGGUUUUGAUGCAAAAGUUGAUUAAAAAGAUUUGGUUUGAGAAGCCUUUCGUAAACACAGGAUUUAUACUAGAUGGGUACCCUCGCAUACCUUCUGACGUUGAAGAUAUGGUUGCAUGUUUCUGCAUUCCUGAUUUAGUCAUAGAAAUUGAAGGCAGUUCCGAAAGUAUGCUCCAACGGCUAUCACCUAAAAUGUAUAAAACAUGGAAAACUCAACUCAAUGAAGCUAAAAGGUUAGCAAAACUAAAGCUUGAUAAGGAAACUCAAGAAUGGACGAAUUCUAUUACGAAGAAUGUUGUUGCUAAACUAAUUUUUGAAGACGUUUUAGAUAAUAUAUUUUCUUCUAUAGACGAACAACCUGCCAAAAUUGGAUCUGCAGGUAGUGUAAUAAUGGACGCCCAUCCAAUGGGAUCAUCAAACGUAGAUGUGAAUUUGUUUACCUUCUAUAACGAUAUGAUUCAAGAAUAUCCUGCUCCUGUUGAUCUAAGUGAAUGGGAAAAACCCGAUGAAGCCCGGGAAAGAAUUGACUCUAGAUUAGAAGGCAUUUAUGAGGCAGAUGACGAAGGAAUACAAUCUCUCAAAGACAUUUUAAUUGAACAGAGAAUAACAAUCGUGUCUAUUAAUGGCACAAAAAGUUUAAACAAGGUGUUACGAACUACAUUAUUUAAAUUAACAAAGUUAAGGAAUCGUUCCCAUUCCUUUCUUGAACAAACAUUUGUAAUUAAUACCGAUAUCGCAGAAAUGUUGCUGUUAGAAGGAUUUUUCUUCUUUAGCAAAUUUUUCCGCAUGUGUCCUGUGUACAUCUCUCAAAAUCCAAAAACCAUUUUAAACCCCUUUAAAAUUAUGAAACGGAAAGGAAAAAUCUUCCCCGUUAUUCAUAGGGCCUAUGUAUAUUUUAUAUUUGGUGAGGAAAAUUUAAAGGAAUUUAGAACUAAUCCUCUAAAAUACUUGAGCUUAAACUACAUUGACUCUUUUAUAGAAUACCCCAUAAUGAUUUCUGUUAUCGGACCGCCUAAGUCAGGUAAAAGCAUAUUGGCGGCUAAAUUUGCAAAAAAAUACGACUUACUAUGUAUAUCGAAAGGAAUGGCUGUGCGCUACAUAUUAGAGCACAUGUAUUGGACCGAACUAGCAUCAAGAAUGAAAAAAGCUCUUUACGAAGGAGAUUCCAUAAACUCGGAACAUGUGAUGAACGCCAUCCAAAGUGUCGCGAUUGAUCAUCGCACCAUGACUUAUGGUUUUGUUUUUGAUGGAUUUCCUGAAACAUCUUCAGAAGCUAUGGAACUUACAAAUGCAGGGUUAUAUCCCACAGUUAUAUUUGAUAUAACUAAUGACAAGGAUCCUCUAAUAAAACAUUCCCAAGAUGAAGUUUACUACGACAUAAUAAAGAAAAAACCGCCUUAUUCAGAACCUUUUAUUGAAAACCGAUUUAAAUAUUGGGUUAACAAAUGUUAUCAAAUAAGAGAUUGGGUAAACCAAGAUCCCCAAAACUUAUAUGUUAUUAAUGGAAAGGAAUCACGAUGGCAAUGUUUACAAUAUGCAACAAAUUAUAUAAAUGAAACAAUGCCAAAAAUACAUUAUUACUUGAACAAUGUGUCGGAUAACAUUGUAUUGCCAAGUUGUAUGUGUAUUUCUGACGAUACAUUUCGCAAACGAAUGUCCGCUUAUCAAAAUAUGUGUCCACUCUGUCUCCAGAUUAAUGUCCUACGUCACAGUGACUAUCCUGUAGACAAGAAAGGUGUAGUCCAGUAUAAAAACAAAUUUUAUUGGAUAUGUCCUGAUCACAUAAAGUCUGUACUGAAGUAUCCCAGUCGCUAUUUGUCUAUUAGUGAUAUAGAAAUACCGGAAAUUCCGGCGGUUGUUAAAACGAUAAAUGUUUCACUGGUAUAUGAAAAUGGUGUAUGUAUUGUGACGUACGCCCAAAAUUUACCGUCUCAAAAGAUUGUCAGAGGAAAUCAUAAGUACGCUGCAAAUUUUCAAGGAAAAACUUACCUCUUCUGCAGUCCGAAAUGCCUCGAAAUGUUUUUAGCUAAACCGCACAUGUACUAUGAUAUCCAAGUUUUCAAGGAAGCGAAAAUAUUUCCGCAGAUAUCCUUACAAAAGUUACCGAAUAUAGGCUAUCUGGAGCAGACAAUAGCACGUAGGGUACCUGUGCCUGACGAGAGAUUCGAUUAUCUCUGCGAGUUCCACAAACCUGCUAGCAAAGUCCCAGCAUUCUUGAACGUGGUGGAUAUUGCCGGGCUGGUGCGAGGGGCUGCCGAAGGACAAGGGUUGGGCAACGCGUUCUUAUCCCACAUCAAGGCUUGCGAUGCUAUUUUCAAUUUAUGUCGUGCAUUCGACGACGAGGAUGUAAUCCACGUGGACGGAGACGUGAACCCAGUGAGGGAUCUGGAGACCAUCGGCGAGGAGUUACGGCUGAAGGAUGAGGAGCAACUCAUGCAGAACUUUGAGAAGCUCGACCGCGUCGUCAACCGCGGAGGCGAUAAGAAACUCAAGCCUGAAUAUGAUGCACUUACGAAGAUAAAGUCUAUUUUGGUUGACGAGAAAAAACACAUUAGAUUCGCAGACUGGAGCGCCGCUGAUAUAGAAGUCCUGAACAAAUACUUGUUUUUGACAUCCAAGCCCGCUCUGUAUUUAGUGAACUUAUCCGAAAAAGACUACAUUCGGAAGAAGAAUAAAUGGUUACCCAAGCUCAAAGAAUGGAUCGAUAAGAAUGAUCCUGGCGCUCCCCUAAUUCCAUUCUCUGGAGUUUUAGAAAGUAAACUAAUGGAAAUGGAUCCGGAGGAAAAAAAAGCGUACUUAAAAGAACACAACAUUACAAGCGCGUUAGAUAAAAUUAUCGUCCAAGGAUACAAAGCACUGCAGUUAGAAUACUUCUUCACUGCUGGCCCCGAUGAAGUGAAGGCCUGGACUAUUCAGAAAGGAACGAAAGCCCCGCAAGCCGCUGGCAGGAUCCACACUGACUUCGAGAAGGGCUUCAUCAUGGCUGAAGUGAUGCACUUCAAGGACUUCAGAGAGGAAGGCACUGAGGCCGCCUGCAAGGCCGCCGGCAAAUAUCGGCAACAAGGUCGCAACUACGUAGUAGAAGAUGGCGACAUAAUCUUCUUCAAGUUCAACGCGGGCGCCGGUCUGAAAGACGCCAAGAAGAAAUGACGCGACAAGGUACUCCUGCUACUGGUACAUUUGCUGUACCUCAAUCUCGUUCUCUACUCACUGUUACACGUCGCUUGAAUGCCCCCACGCUCUGUUGCAAAUGAACAAAUAACAAUCAGUUGAAAUUACACUCUAAAUUCGGUCCAAAAUUACUUAUACUCGCGACUGUAUUCCAAAACGGUGCUCAAUAUUUACCUGUGAUUGGGUUUUAUGCUUGAGUUUGACUCGAGCUACGUUUCUAAAUACUGAAUUAUCAAAAUACGAAUUGCUAUCUAAGUGGAAAUGACUAUCUGAGUAAGGUAUGAAACGUACUACUCUGCAGAUGUACUCAAAUACUAAGUCUUUAUAAAAUAAUGAUUUAUAUACCACACAUAAAGCUUUAAAUGCCGUUCCGCUGUCCAAAUAAUAAGGGACUAUAUUUUUAUACGCAUCAAGGCUGUGUAACAAUUUUAUUUGCAAUGAAGUGUGAGGGAUAUUCGACUACAUUAUUUAUAACUAAGACCUAAAGUUGGAAUAAAGCUUUGUUGAUGUUUAUACAGAGCAGUUUAUUUAUUUGUAACUAGGCAUAACUGUACAAAGCCCA